AUGAAUGCCGGCGAAUUUGAAUUAGACCCCUUAGCUGACUUCUAUUAUCCAGCUUUAAUUCCACCCCUAUCUAUUUUAGCGGAUAAAGUAGAUAUUCGUGAAAACUUUGCUAUUAGUGUGGAGUCUGCUGUCAUUGGAGGAAUAA